CUCGUGUCCAAACAGCUGGUUUUCCAAUUCCCCCUAUGGGGUGGAAGAUUUUCUUGCCGAACUGUUCUACAGCUUGCCAUCCAACGUGAUGAUCGUUGGGCUUUGUUGUAAACAUAACACUAAACUUGAUCCAGCUUUCUUUCCUGCGCAGUUAUCUGCAGAAUGGAAUCGCUAACAGAAACCCCCUGGGAUGUAUUGAUCUCGGGGACUGGACUGCCUCAGUCCCUUCUGGCGCUUGCGCUCUCUCGGUCAGGUAAAAACGUAAUCCACGUCGACCGAAAUGCCUUCUAUGGAAGCGCGGAGGCAGCGUUCAGCCUACAAGAAGCCCAGGAGUGGGCAAACAGAGUAAACCAAGAGCCCGAGAACUUCCCGUUUGAAGAUGCCUCUGUAUACUCCCCUCAGGAUGCUCAGUCAUUGCCAUCUCGGAGAUAUACCCUGUCUCUCUCCCCGCAACUCAUUUACUGUCGGUCUAACCUGUUGCCCACCUUGAUUUCUUCCAAGGUGUACCGACAGCUGGAGUUCCAGGCCGUGGGUAGCUGGUGGAUCCAUAGAUCCCAGGCAGACAACAGUGGGGAUGCGAAUCUAUAUCGAGUGCCUGGCAGUCGAGAAGAUGUUUUCGCAGAUGACAAGAUAACUGUCAAGUCUAAGCGGACGCUCAUGAGAUUCCUCCGUCACAUUGGCAAGACCCAACAGGGCAAUGAGACACCGCUGGGGACCGAAGAAAAUGAAAACAUGGCCACGCCGUUCUCGACGUAUCUGGAGUCGAAGUUCCAGGUGCCUGCUGAACUUCUCGAUCCAUUGCUUUCGCUGUCGCUAUCUCAGGCCUCUCCUCAGAAGACGUCAGCUGAAUAUGCCGUCCCACGCAUCCAGCGACAUCUCGCCUCUAUUGGUGUGUUUGGUCCUGGCUUUGGAAGUCUCUUGGCGAAGUGGGGCGGUGGCUCUGAGAUCUGUCAAGUAGGCUGCCGUGCUCUCGCUGUGGGAGGUGGCAUCUAUGUCUUGAACAGUGGCGUCGAGUCAAUAGUCCAGCCUACUCAAGGCGAGGAUGAUGCCCGCUUGAAGGUGCAGUUGUCCAAUGGCGAAACCAUUAACACUAAACAUGUGUUUGGUUCCUAUUGGGAUGUCCCAACGGAUAAGCAUCCCAACUGCAAUAGAGUGGCCCGGUCUAUCUCUAUUGUUUCGUCUCCUUUGGAAGGCCUAUUCCCUGUUGCUGCGGAAGGAGCUCCCACCCCUGCUGGUGCAGUUGUGGUUUUCCCUGGAAGCUCCCUAGGCCAGGCGGAUGAUGCACCGCCAGUUUACGUCUUGGUCCAUUCCAGCGAAACUGGCGAGUGCCCACCAGGACAGUGUAAGUUUACCUUUUUCUUCUUCUAUCUUGUGCAAGAGUCCCCACCUCCCCCAUCACCUGCUCAUAUGAUGACUACAUUUCAAAAAUUACUUAUCUACAUUGCCUGUACAUUCAUUGAUGAGAAAUAUAAUCUGAUCAUGAGCUUCAAACUUUUUUGUUUCAAGUUUCUGCCGUUGGUCUGUCGUUCCACAGCUAACAUAUUCCCAGGUGUCUUAUACAGCAGCAUUACCACUCCUGGUGACGCAGGACAGUCAUUGAUCGAGAAAGCUGUAAACAAACUCCUCGAGUCAGCUGCAGAUCCCAGUGCUCAAGUCUCAUGGUCACUACGUUACACGCAAUUAGGACGGCCCGGCGAUGAUCUUGCCAGCCCUGUUGCCAUGACAUUAGACCAUGUUUCCGACAAUGUCGUCUGCUUCCCACCGCCCAGUCUCGAUCUUUCUUUUGACGACACCGUAAUUGGGACUGUCAAGGAUGCAUGGAGACUGGCUAUGGGUGAUGAAGUUGUCGAUGACGAGUUCAUGAAAUUCGAAGACCGUGAAGGAGCUUACGAUGAAUAGUUGGGCUUGCGGUACUAGCCUAUAAAUAGUUAGAAAUCGAUCGUUCCAUAGCUAUGAAUAAAUGGUUGAUUUAUCAACA